AUGUCUACAGUUGGUAAACCAAUCACUUGUCAAGCAGCAGUUGCUUAUGAAGCAGCUAAACCAUUAGUCGUUGAAGAGAUCGUUGUUGAUCCACCAAAGGCACAUGAAGUUCGUAUUAAGAUCAUCAACACUGCAGUUUGUCACACAGAUGCUUACACUUUAUCAGGUGUCGAUCCAGAAGGUUUAUUCCCAUGUGUUUUAGGCCAUGAAGGUUCAGGUAUCGUCGAAUCUGUAGGUGACAACGUAACAACUGUCAAACCUGGUGACCAUGUCGUUGCGUUGUACACUGCAGAAUGUGGUAAAUGUAAGUUUUGUCUAUCUGGUAAGACUAAUCUAUGUGGUUCAGUAAGAGCUACUCAAGGUAAAGGUGUGAUGCCAGAUGGUACACCAAGAUUUCACAAUAAGAAAGGUGAACCUUUGUAUCAUUUCAUGGGAUGUUCUACAUUUUCAGAAUAUACUGUUGUAGCAGACGUUUCAGUAGUUGCAAUUGAUCCAACAGCUCCAUUAGACAGUGUCUGUCUAUUAGGUUGUGGUGUCACUACCGGUUACGGUGCAGCUAUCAAGACAGCAAAUGUCCAAAAGGGUGACACUGUUGCUGUAUUUGGUGCUGGUACUGUUGGGUUAUCGGUAGUUCAAGGUGCUAAAUCCAGAGGUGCUUCAAAAAUCAUUGUUGUUGAUAUUAACAACGACAAAAAAGAAUGGAGUGCAGAAUUUGGUGCAACUGAUUUCGUUAAUCCAUCAGAGUUGCCAGAAGGCCAAGAUAUUGUUUCUAAAUUAGUUGAAAUGACUGAUGGUGGUUUGGAUUUUACUUUUGAUUGUACUGGUAACGUCAACGUUAUGAGAGAUGCUUUAGAGGCUUGUCAUAAAGGUUGGGGUCAGUCCAUUAUCAUUGGUGUCGCUGCUGCCGGUAAAGAAAUCUCUACUAGACCAUUUCAGUUAGUCACUGGUAGAGUAUGGAAAGGUUCUGCCUUCGGUGGUAUUAAAGGUAGAUCUGAAAUGGGUGGUUUAAUUAAAGAUUACCAAAAUGGUAGUUUGAAAGUUGAUGAAUUUAUUACAAACAGAAGACCUUUUGUUGAAAUUAAUGAUGCUUUCGAAGAGCUACAUCACGGUAACUGUUUAAGAACCGUCUUGAGUUUCAAAUAA